GCCUCUACGACGGCGUUGACGAGGGGUCACUUGUGAUCCGACCGUUGGCUGGAAAAGGUGUAUUUCGCAGUUUGAGAGAUUUUUUUGGAGAAGAAGGAAAUAAACGAUUCAAGAUGAAAGUAUUCAUUGUUGGAGUUAUUCUGGCCACAAUUGGCUUCCAAUCUAUUACCGCCCUAAAGUGUAUGCAGGGUGUCGAGGUGGAGAAGAAUGGCGCCAAGGCGGAGCAAAAGGACAAGGAGAAGAUGCCGGAGAUCACCGAGUGCGGAAUAACGACCGCGGUGGCCUCGACCGCACUGCUGUUUGCAGUCAAACCCAGCACCAUCAGCAUCCCGUCCGGUGAUUACAAGUGCUACCACCUCAAGUACGAGGAGAACAACUCGGAAACGUCGACCAUCAUCAAGGGCUGCAUCUACAGCUCGCUCAACGUUUGCGACGGCAAGUUCAGCUCGAGCAACACCAAGGAGUCGUUCUGCAGCCAGUGCACCGAGGACGGAUGCAACUCCGGUGAACGCUUCGGGUUGAGCUUCAAGCUGCUCGGACUCACCGUGGUCACCAUGCUGGCCUACCAUCUUAAUUAAGGAUGCUGCCUGGAGACGAUUCUCAUCUCUAUACGCUUCAGUGUGUGCGUGCAAGUUUAUUUCUAUUUACCAGUGUCAUCACCCUGAAAAACCUCCAACAUCCGGGUCGAUAGGACCCGGAACCGCCAGUUUCGAUUAGAUCAGCUUCAUCAGUGUGUGUUGGCCUUCUCAGAGGAACUAAAAGUUCAAACGACUAGUAUGUAAGGAAAACAGUGCUUUAACGUGUGGCGUCAACCUCCAUCACCCUUCUCAUCUCACAUCGCAAGCAGAUCCCAACUCGGGAGGAGCUCGUUUUUAUGGAAAAUCGAUACGUCGCAUCUCCCCAUCGAAACCAUAAAAAGGCUAGCGCGUCCUGCUCUCCUCGAACCCCCCCAAAAAAGAACCCACAGACAAUGACGCCAUCGCAGGAUAUACCAAAAACCGAGACUUUGUACGCAAAAGCGGACAACGCACAAUAAAAUGUUGAACAUUUUUUCCUCCCCAGUGUGGUUAGUACAUAGAUAUUACAACCGGCAAAGCAAUCGAUUUAACCAAUCAGAAAAGAAAAAGAGAAGAAAAAAAACAAACUUCAAAAUUUCCUGCUUGCAAUCAACCUCCAUCGGUGAACAACAACAAUAAAAUGGAUUUUUUAGACGAA